CUACAAUCAGACAUCCAUUUAUUGCUACACCUGAUGUUCAUGUUCAGGGAAAGAUUUACCGCAAAUUUCAAUUGAGCCCCCCGUUGAAACUUAAGCGAUCCAUUGUUUUGACUCCACUCCCAAAACUGGAUACCAUUCAAAACCAAAACGAAGCCAGAGAUCUGCAAUACCUGAUUUGGUGCUUUUGAUGUUGAAUGAGAAAUAUGCACUGAAAACUAUUAUCAUUUCCUUCAAAUCAGGCUGAAGAAUACUAUUAAAUUAACCGAGUUUACUAACUUGGGAUUAGCCUGAUCUGAUAGACUCCCGAUUUGUUUACCCUGUACCAUUUUUGUGGUCCAGAAUCAACCUGGUUGGUCUCUCUCAGUCUUGAAAAGCUCCGGACUCUUAAUUUGUGACCGGGACAGGAUUCGCGUCGCCAGUCCAGUCCGCCAAAUCUGACAAGUUGCAAGUCACAAUUACUUUAAUAGUGUAGUCUAUUGUCUCGCAAAUACCUGUAAUCAUACAAUCAUAAAAUUGUUUCUUUUAGCCAUUGUAAGAGCUAGUCAACCCUGUUAUUAUCUAAGGCCGAUAAUCUUCUAAUUACAACUCCCCAGUUCUAAUUCAACGGCUCCCAAAUUUAUUUCAUGAACUUCAUUAUUUUCCACUGAUUUCCAUUGUACUGUCGAAUAUAGACAGUUUCUCACGAUUUUUCAUUCACUGACAAUUUUCAAAUUGAGUUAAUUUUGUGGUUAAUACUCGUAAUACAUAAGACAUUGCUCGCUAGUCUUAUUAAUUUCGUCCACCCCUUUUGCAGCAUCCUUAACUAUUUGUGACCCAUCGAAUUCGGGUCAAGUUAUGGACUCAAUUACUACAAAAAUGUUGCUCAGCGCCAUUUUAUUGUCACAACUUAUUGCACUGACAUUGUCAUUAGCCUCGCUCGAAGACGACUGUACUGACGACUGGGUGUGGGGAGACUGUGUUCCAUGGAACCUUGACAAAGCAACUGGCUGCGGCACUGAAGGACGUCAGGAGGCCAAACGGGAGGGGACGGGGUGUCAGAUCAUCGCGUUCCAAAUCAAGUGUAUCCCCGAGUGCAAUAAGAAAGGCAAAUCUGGGGAUAAGAAUGACAAUGCUGGCAAGCAAACGCCGGAUCAAGACAGAGACGAGGUCGACAGUUUUGAAGACAAUGGAAUUGGUCUUUGGGGUGUUGACAACGAACCUGAUGAAGAAUCGAAUGGGAAAAAAGGUGGAUGUCAGUACAAAGUAAAGACGGAGUGGAGCAAAUGUGACAGGAACGGACACCAGUUCAGAAGCAAAGAGCUCCUCACUGGAUCCCCCAAGUUCUGCUCCAAAGUGGUGGACGAGGUGCAGCAGUGUGCGGGGGCUGGGACUGGAUGGCAAGCGGAGCCAGAGGGAAUAUCGGAUGCCGGGAGUCCAGGAGGAUGGCUUCCUAUCCCUCCGAGUGGCGGCGAGACUCCCAGUAUGCCAAGUGAUGAGCCCCGUGACGAGGAGAAGGAGAUGAAGAAGGAGGAGUGUCGCUACAGUAAGUUUGGGGCAUGGAGCAAGUGUGUGGGGGGCCAGAAGUACAGGACUCAGAACCUGAAAAGGGGCCACGAGAAGUGUGUCUCCCAGAACACACAGUAUCGCAGCUGCACCAGCGAACGCAAAACUGGCUGCCAGUACUUGAGAAGCGAGAAGAAGUGUGGCAAAUGCAACAAGGAGAUCCCACGAAAGAAGGUGUGUCACGCCCCUCUGAACCAGGAGGAGUCCUCUUCCUCCUGCAACAAAUCCCUCCGAAUUGAAAAGCCCUGCUGAGGGGGACUAGGGACUAGCAGCACUGAUAAUAACUUAAUUGAAUUUAUGGCGAUGGGUUACAAUCAAUAUAGAAGGUCCUUAUUGAACUAUGCUCACCAGGGGUUAAU